GGGAGGAAUUGUUCUGAAGCUGAUGGACUGGACCAAUGCCCAGGGAGGCUUGGAGGGAGCUUGAGCUACAAGAAAAAAGGCAGUGGGUCUCCGGAUUCCUGUAGCCAUGCUGCACUUGCUGUUCAGGUGGGCUCUGCCCUGGGCCAUGCUCCUGCUACUACUAGGUUCCCAGCUCCUGGUGACUCACAGCUGGAUUUCCCAAGAGGAGAAAGACAGUUAUGAACAAAGAGAUAUAGAACUUCAUUUCCCUGCCACUGUGGAGUAUGCCUUGCACAUAUUCAACCUACAGAGCAAGGACUCAAUGGCCUACAGGCUGCUGAGCAUCCUGAAUUCCUGGAAGGAACAGAUAGAAGACAUCCUGACAUUCUCCAUGGAGAUAAAGCUUCGCAGAACUGAAUGUGAGAAAUUUGAUGAUGACAUUGACAACUGUCCCUUUCAAGAAAGCCCAGAGCUGAACAAUACCAUCACUUGCUUCUUCACCAUCAGCACUGAGCCCUGGAGAACCAAGUUUGUACUCCGGAACAAGACCUGCUCGGAAGACUUCCUUUGAUUGAAGCCAUGCCCACCUGGCCUCUAGCUGUUCCUCUUCUGGACAC